CAGUCUGGAGUAGAUUGAAAGGACUGAAAUCCAAUCAAUGAAAGUGGUGAAUCAAGGACAGUCAGGUUGGGGAGGAAAGGGCUACAUGAUGCUGAACGUUCUGCAGCGGUACACCUGUGCAAGACUGGAGGGGAGGAGCCGGUACGCCUGUGCAAGACUGAAGGGGAGGAGCCGGUACUCCUGUGCAAGACUGAAGGGGAGGAGCUGUUACACCUGUGCAAGACUGAAGGGGAGGAGCCGGUACACCUGUGCAAGACUGAAGGGGAGGAGCUGGUACACCUGUGUAAGACUGAAGGGGAGGAGCCGAUACACCUGUGCAAGACUGAAGGGGAGGAGCCGAUACACCUGUGCAAGACUGAAGGGGAGGAGCCGGUACACCUGUGCAAGACUGAAG